AUGGCCACAUCCUACACCCCGCACGCUCGGGACCAAACACUCCUCGAAGUGUACGACUACAUCAAUCAGGUGCCAGGCAAGGAUGUGCGUGGCCGCCUCAUCGACGCCUUCAACGCGUGGCUCCGCAUCCCGGCCGAUACGAUCGGCGUGAUCAAGGCGAUCAUCACGGAGCUGCACAACGCGUCGCUACUCGUCGACGACAUCGAGGACAACUCCACGCUCCGCCGGGGCAUCCCCGUGGCUCAUUCCAUCUACGGCGUGCCGACCACAAUCAACUCGGCCAACUACGUCUACUUUCUGGCGCUCGAGCGGUGCCACCAGCUGGGGAACCCGGCGGCGAUGAACAUCUUCGUGCACGAGCUGCUCAACCUGCACCGCGGGCAGGGGCAGGACAUCCUGUGGCGCGACAACCUCCGCUGCCCCACCGAGGAAGAGUACCGCCGCAUGGUGCUCGACAAGACGGGCGGCCUCUUCCGGCUCGCAGUCGGGCUGAUGCAGGCCUUCUCGGCGAGCGAGGUCGACUUCACGCCGCUCGUCAACCAGCUCGCUCUCUACUUUCAGAUCCGAGACGACCUGAUAAACCUGUCGAGCGACGACUACAUGGCGAGCAAGUCGUACGCCGAGGACCUCACCGAGGGCAAGUUCUCCUUCCCGAUCAUCCACUGCAUCACCUCGCGGCCCACACGCCGUAGAUGCCAACAAAAGGAAGUGCUGCUCGAGGUGGAGCGGCUCGGCGGGCACGAGGAGCUGGUGUCGCUCCUCGAGUACCUCGACCGGCAGGUGCGGACCUCGGAGCCGGCGGGCGGCGGCGCGGGCGGCGGCGCCCAACCGGCGUCCCCGCGGCGUGCCGCAGAGGCGGGAGGCGGCGGCGCGGCGGCGAGCGCGCCGAACGUCGAGCACCGCGUGGAUAGCCUGCUUGACGACUGGCCAGCUCGUGAGUGGACCUUCGACUCGCUGCGCAAACGUAUUGGCCAAGCGCUGGUCGACACAGGCUCAUCGACCGGCGGAGUUCCUUUCUACCUCGUCGCCGCCAACGCGCAGCGUGGGCGAUCUGGCACUGCGGAUCUGGCACUGUACGUCUUCGACUCGGACUUUAGCGCCGAUUCUGGCAAGUCCUGCCUUCUCGAAGACGUGGAUCGUCUGCCGACGCUCACACGAGGCAGCGUCUGCGAGGCGGGCGCGGCUGCCGAGCACGACGACCGACCUGUAUGGCGCUGGCUGCUUGCGGGCCCAGAGGGCUCUGGAACGCUCAUCCACCAGGAUCCAUGGGGCUACACUUCGUGGAACGCACUCUUCGUGGGCGACAAACGGUGGAUCCUCUUCCCGCCCUCGGUGCCACGCGAGACGCUCCACCCUCCGCGCACCGAUCUGAUCGGGCGCGCCGCUGCAUGCCUCGGGCUGCACUUGCCGCGCGGCGCGUGCGAAUUCAUGGACGAAGUGCUGCCAGCUCUCCGCGGCCAGGGCCUUGGCGAGGUCGACUUGGUGCAGCGGCCGGGCGAGGUGAUCGCGUUCCCUGCUGGCUGGUGGCACGCCGUCGUGAACCUCGACGCGACGCUGGCAUGGACGGAGAGCUUCAUGCGAACGCGCGACCUCGCCUCGAUCACGCAUGCCUUGCGCAGAGGCGGGUUGGGCGACUUUGCGAAUGUGGUGCAGGACGAGGCCACGGCCACCUCUGUGGUGCAGGACUUGCCGCUCGAAAGAAAAUGAAUUCGGGGCGGCACAGGGGCUCGCACAUGCACAUGCACAUGCUCAUGCGCAUGUCCCUAAAUCCCAUCUCGUCUCAGAGUUUGACCGUUUUAUUUAUUUAUUUGGGCUCGCUCUCGAAACUGUGAUCGUGAAUGU